CUAGCCCGUUGAUAAGGACGCUUGGAAUUUUAAAAAUAUUACGCAUGUUUUGAGGAGAAAAAGGCAGUUUUCGUACAUUCUAUCAAUAGUUUUGUUUUAUGAAUAUAAAAAACUAUAUUCCGAAAGACAGCAUAAGAUUUCUUGUUUAAAAUGGCUGACAAACCAAAAUCACGUGAUGACGAAUCCCUAAACUUUGAGAAAUUGGAAAAAGAAUUACAUGCUGCCGUGGAUGCAGAUCAGAGAUACUGGAGAGAGAACGAUGCUAAGUUUAGAGCAGUGCAUCAAAAAGUGGCAACUUAUGAUGAAUUUAGAGAUAUUGUCAAAGCUUCACAUCUCAAACCACUGGAGAAAGGUGACAAGAUGGAGAGUGUUCAGUUUAACCAACCUUGGAAUGUUGCUGCAGCUAAAAAGUCUGAAACAGAACAGUCAGAAAUGGGACAAAUUGAUAAGAAUAAAAAUAUUCCAAAAACAGGCCAAGAGUUUGUUCAGUAUUGGAGACGCUAUUUGAAAUCCCUUGGGGACCAGUAUAUAUAUCUCAUCAGUAUUGGUGGAGACAAUUUAGCAAAUAUUUUCAAAACAGAAAUAAGUUUUGGACUUCUUGGUGAUAUAGUGAAAGCACUUGAAAAUAAAACGGUUGACAGUGACAAUGAAAAAGUUGUACAAAUACUUGAAGGACUUAGCCAGACAAACAGAUUUUCACUCUCAGUACAAUUCUUAAGUUCUCAGGAAAAAGAGCUGUGUAAUACAUUAUUUGAUAGGUUAAGGACCUCACUUAAAGACUAUGAAGAAAUGACAGCAAGACUGGAUUGUUUGUCAGAAGUAUAUCAAUUAAAACAAAAAUAAAUUUUCUUUUUAGAAUUUAA